CUAACAAGAUUUUCGCAGUUAUCGCGAAUUCAUUUUCCGUCGACCGCCGGAUUGGCAGAAAUUCGUCCCAGUAAAGUGUGGCUGCCAUGACACGUGUCCCCUUCACGGCGUCAUGUUCAGCUUCUACCCAUAAACAUUGUUUAGUCAACAGAUUAAAUAUUGGUACUACUAUACUUCCGGAAUUUUCCACUUCUUUAGCGUUCCCAUUUUUCCCUCUCAAGAAAGGUAGAAGCUUUAGGCGAAUUUCUGUGGUCGCGAUGUCUGAUUUGAGCAAAAGCACUGUUCUUGUUACUGGUGCUGGUGGUAGGACUGGCCAAAUUGUUUACAAGAAACUGAAGGAGAGGUCGGACCAGUAUAUUGCCAGAGGUUUGGUAAGAACUCAGGAGAGCAAGGAAAAAAUUGGUGGGGAAAAUGAUGUUUACAUCGGGGAUAUACGGAACGUUGAAAACAUUACUCCAGCAAUUCAAGGUAUCGAUGCCCUUAUAAUACUUACAAGUGCUGUGCCAAAGAUGAAACCAGGGUUUGACCCAACUAAAGGUGGAAGACCUGAAUUCUAUUUUGAAGAUGGAGCAUUUCCUGAACAGGUUGACUGGAUUGGUCAAAAGAACCAAAUAGACGUUGCCAAAGCUGCUGGAGUGAAGCAAAUUGUGUUGGUUGGAUCAAUGGGAGGAACAAAUCCCAAUCACCCCUUAAAUAGCUUGGGAAAUGGAAAUAUCUUGAUUUGGAAAAGAAAGGCCGAACAAUACUUGGCUGACUCAGGGAUCCCCUACACCAUAAUUAGGGCUGGUGGCUUGCAAGAUAAAGAAGGUGGUGUAAGAGAGCUACUUGUAGGAAAGGAUGAUGAACUUCUUCAGACAGAAACACGCACAAUCGCAAGGGCUGAUGUUGCAGAAGUCUGCAUUCAGGCACUAAACUUUGAGGAGGCAAAAUUUAAAGCAUUUGAUCUCGCCUCAAAGCCUGAAGGAACUGGCACACCGACCAAAGAUUUCAAGGCUCUGUUUUCCCAAAUCACUACCCGCUUCUGAUUAAUACGCCGCCACGAUAUCUAGUGCUGCAUGUAAUGACUACUGUGGAAAAAGAUUCUUAUCUUUUUUCCCGCAUGGCUUGAGUGAACAUCGAUGCAUUAUUAAUAUCAGGCAUUUUCUGAUGUAGAGACCAUUCUUCCAAUAUUAUGUAAAAUUGUAACAUUUGACAGCAAUAAAAUGCCUGAAAGAUUUAUAUACUUUCUGUUGA